UGGAGACGUGCAUGUACAUUCAUGUACCACCGCAACGACUACAUCAAAUCAAAGGAGAAAGAGGAAUAAGAAUAAGCGCAGGAGAAGAAGAAGAAGCAGGAGAAGAAGAAGAAGAAGAGGGGAGAAGAGGGGAGAAGGGCAAAACAGUAAUUUCAAAGGGCUUCACAUUGAAGGGGUCCCUGAAGUCAAUGGCUCCAGCCUUUUUCUCCACGGACAUCCUUGUCUACUUCCUCCCAUAAAUUUCCCGGAAUUAAUUAUUUGGCCGGAAACCGUUGUGCAUUUUCCCAUGAAAAUUAACACUUCCCCAAAAAUCUCUUCCCCCAUUCCCCCCCACCUCCUCCUCCUCCUCUUCUUCCUCUCAAUAGAGACUCUCUGACAGAGAGAGAGAGAGAGAGAGAAAAAGAAAAAGAGAGAAUGGAAACUCACCCCUCUCCCCAACCCACUUCCCCGAACUCCACUUCCUCCUCCUCCUCCUCCUGCAACAACAACAACAACAACAACAACAAGAACAACAAUGCCACAACACCAUUAGCAUCAAAGACACCCACAACCCCGAUUUCCGCAGCUGCUCCUGUAAUCUUACCCAGAUUACCAAAUAUGAAUUCGAAAUCCGUCGAUUCGAAUCCGUAUCCGACGACCUUCAUCCAGGCCGACACCGCGUCCUUCAAACAAGUCGUCCAGAUGCUCACCGGCUCCGCCGCGGCCGCCGGGAAGCACGCCGUGGCCCCGUCGUCGCUCCCCAGAAACGCCGUCCUGCCGCCGAAGAGGCCGGCUUUCAAGCUCUACGAGCGCCGCAGCGGACUCAGGAACCUCAAAACCAUCAGCCCGCUCGCGCCCGCCUCCCGCAACUCCGCCUCCGGCUUCUCCCCCCGCCGCCGGCAGCAGCAGCAGCAGCAGCAGCAGCCGGAGAUUUUGUCGCCCAGCGUGCUCGACUUCCCGGCCCUGGCGCUCAGCCCCGUCACGCCGCUGAAUCCCGAUCCGUUCAAUCGGUCGCCGCAGCCCAAUUCGGCGGCGGCGGUGGCCGACGAGGAGAGGGCGAUCGCGGAGAAGGGCUUUUACUUGCACCCCUCCCCACGGAGCGCGGAGCCGCCGCGGCUGCUGCCGCUGUUCCCGGUGACCUCGCCGAGGGCCUGCCCGGCCUCCGCCGCGGCUACCGCUACAGGAUCUUUUCCCUGAAGCCACCGCCACGUAAAAAAAAAUUAUACAGUACUUUUCUGUUUGUAGCGACGGACGGAUGAUGUAUUUUCAGAGAUGCGGUGUUUCAAUUUGAACCGCUUCAAUUGUUGUUAUAAUGCAAUCUCUCUUUGAAUUCUCUCUUGUGGCUCCGUCAGGAGAAGUUAAUUGUAAGUGAUGAUUAAUUUUAACAUGCAUGAUUUGCCUAAGAUUUAGAUAAA